UUUUCAGCCCCUAUAAGUAGCGGAGGUGUGCUUCCCUAAACAUUUUACACAGGAGCUCCAGUAACGACCUAGCUUUCCUUCUCCGUGAGGGUUGAUUUUAUCAAGGAUUUCAAGGAAAUAAUUCGUGAAAAUGUCAGCUGGAGAUGAAGCUUCAAAUGUUCCAGCUGAGGCCUCUGGUCCCGCUCUUGGCGAACCAAUGGACAUUAUGACUGCUCUUCAACUCGUGUUGAAGAAGUCACUCGUUCAUGAUGGCAUUGCCCGUGGCCUCCAUGAGGCUGCCAAAGUCAUUGAGAAGCAUGCUGCUCAGCUCUGUGUUCUUGCUGAGGAUUGUGACCAACCUGACUAUGUGAAGCUGGUCAGAGCCAUUUGUGCUGAUAACAAUGUUAGCUUGAUCACUGUGCCAAGUGCUAAGACACUUGGAGAGUGGGUUGGGUUGUGCAAGAUCGACUCCGAAGGAAAAGCUAGGAAAGUGGUCGGUUGCUCCUGUGUUGUUAUAAAGGAUUAUGGUGAAGAAUCCGAGGGUCUUCAUAUUGUGCAGGAGUAUGUGAAGUCCCACUAAGUUCCCAUGUUGAGAGGUUUUCAUUUGGAGGGUUCAGAGGGCUCUCAUUUGGAUGGUUUUUCCUCCCUUUCUCCAAGGGAUGCGUGGGUGAGGUAGUAGAGUUAUUUUUUUGUUUUAUCGGUUUUGGGUAUCCUUGUUUAGAAAACUUUAAAACACAAAUUUGUUAGCAAAAUGAAGUGGGCUCUGAGCUUUUUAUGGACUGUAAAUGCAAUUUGAAUGUGGGAUCCUUAAUGGAAUUCUGAAUUUUGGGGUUGAAUGAUGAUGCUUGCGAAGUAUACUUGCAGAA